AAGAAAAAAUAAACACAACAAAAUAAGUUGGAGCAAAAAUUAGCAUUCCAAUUGUGUAAAUAUAGCAUUUCUAUUAACAAUUAAAAAUUCAGAACUGUUUUUGUUUUUAAACAAGUUCUUAAUAGGUAUAGUGCGUUUGAAACACAGCUUAAAGUUAUUGCACAUGUGCAAACGUCAAAGCUUGAAAGAAAUUCCAGCACAAAGUACACGUACAAGAAUCCCUUGUACAUAAACCACCCACAGUGGGCGUCAUAAACAAGACCAAAGUUUCCAUUUGUCGUCGGUCUGCAUGAAUAGCUGCGCAGAAAUUCCAAUGUGAGAAGAUUUUUCUGCCACAAGAGCCAUUUAGUGUCCGUGGCAACAACCCUCGGUUGCAGCGAACUAUUGCUUUGGAGCAAAUAUAAUUCCUUUGCAGCGACAGUUUUCAGAGGACCUUCGUCGAAGUUGGAAGCAAAAAUUGAAUAGUCUCUAAAGUCAGAGUUCCAUAUUGUGUCAGAAAGCAGCAUUGUAAAGCAGUGGCCAAAGAGAUACCAGCAACUACAGUUCAGAAAUCCUAUAUACUAUAGUACGCGUUUUUGAACGUAUUGCGCGAAAUAUCGAUUAAAGUGUGAAAAUCUUUUAAGAAAUAUUAAGUUUCAGUUGAAACAACAUUAAAGUAAAAAAAGGAAAGCGUUUUUAAAACGGCUUUUACAUAAUAUUUGCCAUAUCUAUUUCGUUUCAGAAAGCCCAGAUUGAAAUUAAUACUUCCAAAUUUAUCGAUUUGUAAUUGGCUCUUCAAUAAAACAAAGUGAAAAAAUUGCCACUUACACCUCGCAAAAUUUUCUGUCGAAAGGUAAUAAAAGCGAAAAUCUCGUAACUAUCGUGCACUAGUAAACGCAAAUUAAAGUCGGCCAUAAACGUUUUAACAUUGAAAAGUUCACAUUUGAAAAAAGUAAAAAAAAAAAAAUUGGAAAAACGUUGAAAAAGUAAAAUCUGCAAAGUAGUCAACAGCCACAGCGACUCAGGUGCAAAAAAUUUGUAGUGCUCAACUCAAAAGUGUUCGUAAAACGCGAGAGAUUCGUGAGAACUUGUGCUACACGCGAACAAACAACCCCUGAUUUCUCAUUCAGGGUACCUACUUUUUGCAUUCCAAAAAUUUCGUGACGCGCGUGUCAAAUCGACCACCCACAAACGAACUAAGAAAACUAAGAACAAAAUCACAUCUGCAUGCGAACCACCAUUCGUUUUCGUUGCUCUUCCACGCACUAGAUACUACCUUAACUUUAUAAUCAGACCCUCGUCAAAGAGUCUGUAUUAGAAACAACAAAAUUUCUUACUUAGAGCCACAUACUCCCACCAAUACAUAAACUCAUCGUUUGGUGUGCCAGUAAGUGCAACUUUGCGAAAAUAUUUUGCAAUAAACGGAAUUUGUAAAAGAAGCAAACAAAAAGCUAGUGGUCAAGUAUGUUCUCUGGUCUUACAAAUCAAUUCACUUCGUUGGUAGGCGCCGUUAAAGGCGGUCAAGCCGACGAAGAUGUGCCUGCACCCACCCAGGAUGCUGCUGCCGCUCCGGAAGCAUCCGCUGCUGCCGUUACAGCAGCAACAGCACCAGCUGCAGGCGCAGACCAAACUGCGAAUGCGGCUGGCGUUAGUGGGGAGCAGCUUAUGGAAGGUGAAGAGGGUGCUAAAAGCGGCGCAAACAUCGUUGAUCAAUUCCUCACAGAAGCAACCGGUUGGUUGGGAAGUGCCAAAGGCUGGUUAGGCAGUGCCAGCGCCUCAAUUCCAUCGAUGCCGGCAAUGCCUACCAUGUCUAUGCCAUCAAUGCCAGCUAUGCCAGCCAUGCCGUCGAUGCCCUCCAUUCCGGGGCUGCGCAAGGGUGGCGCCGAAGCUGGUGAGGGUGUCGCCGCCGAUGGCGCUGUUCUCGAGAGCGGAGAUGCUACAGGUGCCGUGAGUGGUGAAGAUGAUGACAAAUCGAGGUACAUUAGCGCUACAGAGGGUGCCGAUUCGCAUCCCGCUUCCGGCGGUGGCACCCCCACUGGCGAUGAGGGUCAAAUCGGACAGGGUAAGGGCGAAGAAGCGAACAUUACCACAAAAGUAACGCAACAGGCAAAGCAUUUUGGUUCAUUCUUGUCGUCGGCAAUAAAUAAGGCGGGCGCCAAAAUCAAGGAGACUGUCAAGGAGAAUCCCAUACUCGAGUCCUUCAACAAAGAACAGGAAGCCUUUAUGAAAAGUCAAGGCGGUCAAGAUUCCGGUGCUGCAGCUUGGAUCGGACACCCCAACGAGGCUAAGAUCAAAGAGGAAAUACUCGGCCUCUCACAGGAUCGUCGUAAUUUUGUGCGCGCACCACCAGCCGGUGUUGAUUUCGAAUUCAACUAUGAUACAGCGUAUCCCACAGCUAUUGCCAUAAUGGCCGAAGAUAAGGCGCUGGAAACGAUGCGAUUUGAAUUAGUGCCCAAAAUCAUCACCGAAGAGAAUUUCUGGCGGAAUUAUUUCUAUCGCGUUUCACUAAUUAUUCAGGCAGCCGAAUUAGGUACACUUGGCGCUGAUGGCGUUGGUCAGGCCUCGAGCGGCGAAGACGCAAUGACUUUUAAUUAUUAAAAUGAAUGAAUUAAGUCACGAAAGAUGUUAAUAACAAAACCCCAAAAACUAAACUGCAUAUAACAAAACCAGAAAUAAUUUAAAAACAAAAAAUGUAUAUCAAUUAUCAAAAUGCAACGUGAAAUAUCUACUUUAAAGAAAAAUAAAAUAAAAAUAGACGUUAAAUGAGUACUUAACUAGCGAGCAUCAGUAAAGAUUCUAAAUUGACCAAACGCAAAUAUCACUAGAAAGAAUCAAAAGAAAUACGAAAUUACUAACGUGAUAAUGGAUGCAAUCACACAUACCCACACGUAAAAAUACCGGCAUAUUUUGAGUGCGAUCCGCGUAGUUAUUAAAUGGAAGAAUUCUUUACGUACACCAAAUUAGCCCACAGAUACUUCUAGUUAAAUAUGUACAUACAUACUACAUUUAAAAACUAUAUAUAUGCUUAGUAUGUAUAAGUGUGUUAGCAAUAGAUAAAACAACAACGAGUACUACAGUAACAAUAAAAAUAACAGAAAAUAACUACAUGCUGAACUACAUGAAUAGUAGGUACAUACAUACAUGCAUUUUUGUGAUACACUUGCAGCCAAUUUAAAAACAAAUAAAACUUGCUUGAAGUAGUUCUUUAUGGAUGAAACUUACUUAAAGUUAUGGUUACGUUUAAUAGUAUAAAAUAUUUCCAAGUAAUUUUAUUUUUUAUUAAUGCGGCUGUUAAAGUUUUUACGGGGUGAUUGGUAAUUUCAUGAAUUACUUAUUUUAAGUUCGUUAAAAAUCAGUGGUUUACUUCCUUACUAUUACUUUCUGGUUAGUAUAAUCAAAUACUUUCAUACCUUCUAAAAAAAUUUACCAAAGAAUAUCUGAACAAGACAAUUUGGAAUUUUUUAUUUUUUUUUUUUUUUGUCGAGCCUAGGGGUGCCAUUUUACAUGUUUCGGUGACACUUACAUAUAAAUUCAUAAAUUUUUUUUCCUUAUACUUUUUCUACGGCCGAGCUUAACUUCCAACGGCCUGUUAGAAAAAAACUUUUUCUAUUUUAAAUGUUACUCGGACCAGGGAUCGAACCCAGGUCCUACGGAGUACUAGCGCUCAGAGCUUGUGUGAGCAAAUCCAAUUUUUGGCAAAAAAAUGUCAGUUACGCGGUUUUAUACUUUAAACGACAAUAUCGCACACCUAGACCUAAAGUGAGCUAACUAAAAAUUCACAGAAGUAUAUUUAAUAGCUUGUGGAUCGCACAGAUUCAACGCAAUUAAUGCAAAGCCGGGUAUAACAGUAGUUUUUUAGUCAAUGAAUAUAAUUAUAAAGAAAAAAAUAUUUCGAUUACCGAUUUUUUGCUGUGUGCUGUGCUGUUAUACUCGUAAGUCGCAGGUCUUUGUUAUAUCAUUAUUUUAUUCUUAAAAGUGGAUUAAGAAAUUACCAACCACCCUGUAUUUUACGUCGUUUACCAUAAUAAAGAAUACUCAUAUACCACAUACUCUACUUUUAUUCAUCAUAUUUUAUGUACUUUCAUUUUCCAUUUAAAAUUACUAUUGCAUUUUUCGUUUCUGUCGAAUAUUUUUCGUUCGUUUUUGCCUAAAGCACGCUUCUACUCGCUACUACCCCGCCUUAGUGCUGUCGCCUAUUGAAUUUCUAAAUUUUUUUUUUCAUUUGCCUGGUGCUCAUAUUCGCUUUUGCUUUCUGCAUUUUUCCAUUUUCCGAAAUCAGUAAAUGAAAUUUAAAAAAAAAAAAAACAAAGCAAAAAUUAAUGAAACUGUAACAAAUAUAGUUUAUGAGUUAUUUUUAUUUGGUAGAAAAAAAAGAAAAUAUUAAGAUUAUAAUUUCCUUUGAAAGGUACUAUGAGCGAAAGUACUCUACCGAAACACAAACAAUAAUUUAUGGUUAAUAUAUUGUCUGCUUCAAUUAGUAAUUCGUACAAAAACAAAACAAAAAAAAACCAAUUUGACUUAACGAAAAAAUUCAUAAUUAUU